UAUAUCUUCAAUAUUCUAUAUAUAUAUAUAUAUAUAUAACCAAUUUGAAAUAUCAGUAGCAGCCUCAAUAGAUGGCGCAGGCAAAUAGCAUUGGCAAAGAUAGUAGAUGGUCACUUCACGGAAUGACUGCUCUUGUCACUGGUGGAACCAAAGGAAUUGGGUAUGCUAUUGUGGAGGAAUUGGCGGGGCUAGGUGCAACUGUACAUACAUGUUCUCGUAAUGAAGUUCAGCUUAACGACUGCUUGAGCCAAUGGAAAAUUAAGGGUUUUGAUCAAGUCACUGGUUCGGUAUGUGAUGUGGUCUCAAAAGCUCAACGAGAGGAGCUUAUAAACAAGGUCUCAUCACUAUUUCACGGCAAACUUAACAUCCUUAUAAACAACGUGGGAACCUUCAAAAUAAAACCAGCAAUCGAGAGCACAACUGAAGAUUACUCAUUUAUUAUGAGUACGAAUCUUGAAUCUGCUUACCAUUUUUCCCAACUUGCACAUCCUCUUUUGAAAGCUUCAGGAGCUGGGAACAUUAUUUUUAUGUCUUCUGUUGCUGGCGUUGUAUCAGUUGGGACGGCUACUAUAUAUGCUGCCACAAAAGGAGCAAUGAACCAGUUGGCAAAAAACUUAGCAUGUGAGUGGGCAAAAGACAACAUAAGGACCAAUAGUGUUGCACCUUGGUUCAUCAGAACUCCCCUCACUGAGCCUCUUUUGAGUGACCAAAAAUUUAUGGAGGCUAUCAACUCUCGAUGCCCUUUAGGACGGAUUGGAGAGCCAAAAGAGGUGUCUGCCUUGGUGGCAUUUCUAUGCUUCCCUGCAGCGUCUUACAUAACUGGCCAAACUAUCUGCGUUGAUGGAGGGUUCACUGUCAAUGGCCUCCUCUUCCAAGGACCAUGAAAAAAUUAUUUAUGUGAUUUGUGUUGCUAGUAGUAGGAGAAGCUAGAGGUCUCUUGUUUCCUUGUCUUUUGAGUUCGGGAGCUGCUCUCAUCCAUCUCAUAAUAUGCUCUUGUUUGUGGUUUUAUAUGGAGGCCAUUUAUCUUUUGAGUUUGAUAACUUGCUUGUUUACUUUGAGAAUGAUAUUUUUGCUUGUAUUGAAAAC